AAAAGAAGAAAUGAGAUCAACCUAACAACAACAACGUCUUUGCAAUGAUAUUUUUCAUCUAGAGAAUCUGCAAAAAUACUUAAAUAUGAGCAGAUACAAGGGAUUGUAAGGGCCAGAUAAAUCAAUACUUCACACGCCUAUAAAAACCCCUACAUCUGCACAGACGUUCAUUCUCUCUUCUACGCGUGGUUCGUGAAGUUUACUGCCAGAUUUGAGAACCUCAUUUAAAGGCCAACAUGUACAGCAUAAUAUAUGCAUCUCUUGUCUGUUUGCUUUUUGCGGCAGAUUCGUUUGCUAUUUCCAAUAACGACACUGUGUUUAUCACCGAUGUCAAAAACGACUUGUUUGGAAAAUGCUAUUCCAAAUGCCAAACCAUACGCGAAGAACUCAAAGUUGCAACUGAUAAGACAGUGCAAUGCAGUAAAGCUGACGAAUACACAAAAUGUUUAAAAACGGACGAUAACUGCGUUAAAAAUACAGAAGCUAAUCAACUUGAUACCUUAAACACAGACGUCCAGAAGUUUUGUGAAUCGAUAACACCAGCCGCAGCAGAAUCUACUACGAAAACAACACCAACAACCACAACAGCAACAACUGCUCCGACAACUCCCGAUCCUGCUAUUGCUAACCCUGCUAACCCAUUAGCUCGUAGAAGGAGAGCUGCUGCAGAUAUAAAAGCCGCUGUAGACGAAUUGCUAAAGAAGACCGAGACGUGCUCAAAAGAGCUGUGUUUGACGGAUCAAUCUGCUAUGAUUUCUACUGAUGGAGCAACCAUUGACUGCACGCUGUUCGGAAAAUACGGGAAGUGUUUAGUUGAGGCAUGCCCUUCGCUAAAGUCAACAUUUAAUAAAUACAACGCAAAGUGUGGCGCAGCCAACAUACAGCUCUUCUCAUAUGCACUGUUUAUGGCUGGACUGCUGUUCAAAAUAUUGGUUUAACUUCUCAAUGGUGCCAAAAAUUCCGUCCGCAUUCUAACGUAUCUAUUGUGGGAAAAUGACUCAACUUUAUUACAAAAAAAAUUACAGAAUUGUUUUUUUCAUAAAAGAAAACUUUCAAUUUUUUAGGUUUUUAAAUGAAUACCAAAAUUGUAUAACAAGCGUUUGUUUGGCAAUUGAUACUUUUUCCUCACUAAUUUAUACUUUCAGUAGUGUUGUUGAUGAAAACCAAUAAUAGAUGUUGGAUUGCUAUUGUAUUUGUUUUAUACGUUUUUAAUUUACGCAGUAUUGUGUUUAAUUAUUUACAAGUAGGUUUAAACUGUAUUAUAAUUUUAGCUGUUAAUUAAAUGAAUGAAUCCAUUUUGAUUAAAUAUGAAUAUUUCAACAAGAUUUUUUAUUAUUCGUGACAAAUUUGUAAAAUCAUACACAUCGUAUUUUUUUAUCCGUCCAAAAUCUAUGUACUUUUUCAAAAUAA